GGGAGUGCGCAUCGCGGAGGUUGCUGGCGGCUGGGGCCGGACACGCAGCGGGGGUGUCAACGGCAAACUAAACCUUCCCGAUAGGGCAAUGCUAACGUGGGGAUAGUAGCCCAUGGAUUCGUGGAGGGACUGCGGGCUUGUUCGCUGGGUCUGGCAGCAGUUGGGUUGCGACCCGCCAAACCACAGCGAAACACGAACAGUUUAUGUGGCAAACAGAUUCCCCCAGCAUGGUCAUUACAUUCCGCAAAAGUUUGCAGACAACAGGAUUAUUUCAUCUAAAUAUACCGUUUUGAAUUUUGUUCCGAAGAAUUUAUUCGAACAGUUUCGAAGAAUAGCUAAUUUUUAUUUUCUCAUCAUUUUCCUUGUUCAGCUUAUGAUCGAUACCCCCACAAGUCCUGUAACAAGCGGACUUCCGUUGUUUUUUGUAAUAACAGUAACUGCCAUAAAACAGGGCUAUGAAGACUGGUUACGACAUAAAGCAGACAAUGAAGUCAACGGAGCUCCGGUUUAUGUUGUUCGGAGUGGAGGCCUUGUUAAAACUAGAUCAAAAAACAUAAGGGUAGGUGACAUUGUCAGAGUAGCCAAAGAUGAGACUUUUCCCGCUGACCUGGUGCUGCUAUCGUCAGACAGAUCCAAUGGCUCGUGCCAUGUGACAACUGCGAGUCUGGAUGGUGAAACUAAUCUCAAGACUCACUUUGCUGUUCCAGAGACAGCGGUGUUACAGACUGUUGUAGACCUGGAUACAUUGAUAGCAGUCAUAGAGUGUCACCAACCAGAAGCAGAUCUCUACAGAUUUGUUGGGAGAAUAACCGUGCGUCAGCAUUCAGAAGACAUAGUUCGGCCGCUUGGGCCAGAAAACCUGUUACUGCGAGGAGCAAGGUUAAAAAAUGCCAAAGAAAUUUUCGGGGUGGCGGUAUACACGGGAAUGGAAGCCAAAAUGGCAUUAAAUUACAAAAGUAAAUCACAAAAGAGAUCUGCUGUUGAGAAAUCCAUGAACACGUUUCUGCUUGUGUACCUGAUAAUUCUGCUCUUUGAAGCCAUCUUGAGCACAAUUUUGAAAUAUGCAUGGCAAGCUGAGGAGAAAUGGGAUGAGCCGUGGUACAACCAGAAAACUGAGCAUGAAAGGAACAGCAGUAAGAUCCUCAGAUUCAUUUCGGAUUUUCUGGCAUUUCUGGUCCUUUACAAUUUUAUCAUUCCUAUUUCGCUUUACGUUACCGUGGAGAUGCAGAAAUUCCUUGGUUCGUUUUUCAUUGUUUGGGACCUUGACCUUUACCAUGAAGAGACGAAUCAGAGAGCUCAGGUUAACACGUCCGACCUCAACGAGGAGCUGGGACAGGUGGAAUACGUGUUCACUGAUAAAACAGGCACGCUAACAGAAAAUGAGAUGCAGUUUCGGGAAUGCUCAGUAAAUGGAAUUAAGUACCAAGAGAUUAAUGGCAAACUUGUGCCGGAAGGAGUGACUCUAGAUUUCCCAGAUGGCCCCGUUACAAGUCUUAGCAUGGAGGAAGAGCUCUUCUUUAAAGCAGUCUCGUUAUGUCACACGGUGCAAAUAUGCCAUGACCAGGUAGAUGGGUACUCGGAUGGUUUCCAGUGUGCAAAUGGCAUAUCCUCCCAGCAAGAAUACUAUGCUUCUUCACCAGAUGAGAAAGCUUUAGUUGAAGCUUCUAGAAGAAUGGGUGUUGCGUUUUCUGGUAUUAAUGGAGAAAUUAUGGAUAUUAAAGUUCUUGGAAAACUCGAAAGGUACAAGCUUCUACAUGUCUUGGAGUUUGAUGCAAAUCGUCGUAGAAUGAGUGUUAUUAUACAAAGUUCUUCUGGCGACAAAAUACUUUUCACCAAGGGAGCGGAGUCAUCUAUACUCCCAUAUGCCAAAAGUGGAGAAAUAGAAAGAACCAGACUACAUGUUGACGAGUUUGCUUUAAAAGGGCUGAGAACACUGUGUGUUGCCUAUAGGAGGUUCACAGCGGAAGAGUAUCAGGAGAUUGAUCGGCGAUUGAAUGAGGCUAGGACUGCACUACAACAAAGGGAAGAACGCUUAGCUGAUGUAUUCGACUUCAUAGAGCGAGACCUGGAGCUUCUAGGGGCAACUGGGGUAGAAGACAAGCUCCAGGACAAGGUCCAGGAAACGAUAGAGGCCCUUCGUUUGGCAGGGAUCAAAGUUUGGGUGCUCACAGGAGACAAGCACGAAACGGCUGUGAGCGUCAGCUUAUCCUGCGGGCAUUUUCACAGAACCAUGAAUAUCCUUGAACUUGUACAGCAAAAGUCAGACCGUGACUGUGCAGAACAGCUUAGACAGCUCGCAAGGAGACUACAGGAUGAUCAUGUUAUUCAGCAUGGGCUGGUCGUGGAUGGAGCCAGUCUUUCUUUAGCACUCAGGGAACACGAAAAGCUGUUUAUGGAAGUCUGUAAGAGCUGCUCUGCUGUGUUGUGCUGUCGAAUGGCUCCUUUACAAAAAGCAAAGGUGGUUAGACUGUUAAAAAUCUCUCCAGAAAAGCCCAUCACGCUAGCUAUCGGAGAUGGUGCAAAUGAUGUGAGCAUGAUACAAGAAGCUCAUGUGGGAAUUGGCAUCAUGGGAAAAGAGGGCAGACAGGCUGUGAGGAACAGUGACUAUGCAAUUGCAAGAUUCAAAUUCCUCUCAAAACUGCUCUUGGUGCAUGGCCACUACUACUACAUUAGAAUAGCCACCCUUGUACAGUACUUUUUUUAUAAGAAUGUGUGCUUUAUUACACCACAGUUUUUGUAUCAGUUCUUUUGUUUAUUUUCACAACAGACACUGUAUGACAGUGUGUAUCUGACUUUGUACAAUAUUUGCUUCACUUCCUUACCUAUCCUGAUAUACAGUCUGUUUGAACAACAUGUGCAUCCGCAUGUGUUACAGACCAAACCUGGUCUCUAUCGAGACAUUAGUAAAAAUGCCCUGCUUGGUUUUAAACCAUUUCUCUACUGGACCCUUUUGGGCUUUGGGCAUGCCUUUGUUUUCUUUUUCGGGUCAUACCUUCUCAUGGGUGAAGAUACUUCUCUGCUGGGUAAUGGCCAGAUGUUUGGAAACUGGACUUUUGGGACAUUGGUAUUUACUGUUAUGGUUAUAACGGUUACCAUGAAGAUGGCUCUUGAAACUCAUUUCUGGACGUGGAUAAAUCACUUUGUUACUUGGGGCUCGAUCGCAUUCUAUUUUAUAUUUUCACUGUUCUACGGUGGAAUCAUCUGGCCGUUUCUACACACACAGGACAUGUACUUUGUAUUCGUACAAUUGCUCUCCAGUGGCUCUGCGUGGUUUGCCAUUAUCAUCAUCGUCAUAGCUUGUCUUUUUCUUGACGUCACGAAGAAAGUGGCAUACAGACACAUUUAUCCUACGAGUACAGAAAAGGCACAGAUAUAUUCCAACAGAGUUACUUUAAGUGACGAGUUCAUCGCUCUGCAGCCUCUGUCACGGGCAAGGAAUCAGCUGAGCAAAAUUAGCUUACUGAGGCAGGAUCAGGUAUCAGCUGCUUGGACUCAAUGUGCUGCUACUCAGGCGGGGAGACAGCAUGCGUAUCUAUUAGAAGACUGCUGGAGCGAAUGAUGGGGCGCUGCAGCCCGGCACGGGUCAACAGAUCUUGGAGCGAAACGGAUCCCUGUUAUUCAAACGACAGAAGCAUCUUGACUCUCUCUGCCAUGGAUUCCUCUACAUGCUAGCAGGGCUGGCCUCUGGGUCAUAAAUGUGCCACCAGCUUUUCCUUGCUUUGUCCAUGAACCUAAACUGUAAUGUCUUACAACAGCAGACUCCAAAUAGGUCUCAAGCCGGUCCCCACAAAUACGGAUGGUACAUUUGUGAGUAGGAUUGUUAUACAAGAGGGAGAAGGUACGACUAUCACCUUGAGAUUACACCUUGUAAUGUGGGACGAUUCUAGUUGACCUACGCAGUACACAAUUUAAAAACAAUGAUCAGGAAAUGUUCUUGCGUGAGUCAAUGAUAGAGAACUGUAUUCCCACCAAUGAUUUUAGGAAACCUUCAAAUUAUACGCUGCGCUUGUCAGGGGCAGUCAUGUGCAAUAAAGAGGUUGUCUCCACAGCGUGCAGGCAUAUUUAUUUGUCCCUGUACAGAAGCUACCUUUAUUUUAUAUAUAUAUAAUUUUAUUUAAUCGGUGUAUUCCACUGCUUUGAAAAGUUCUAAUAUGUUAGGUAUCUGUUUUCCUGUUGUCAACCAGAUGACCGUUUUUCAUAUAGUGAAGGCAUAGACCCUACAAUGUGUGGAUAUGAUUAGUUUCAGUUUUGAACAAUGUUUCACACAAUACAUUCAUUUUUAACAUGUUUUUGAUUUGUUUGUUAUAAUCCAGAGACCUACCUUGAGCAAUAAGAGGUAUUUUUAUAGCUUAUACAGCCCUUGAAUGUUCUGGUCAAUUUUUAAAUGAAUUUGUUAAUGUGUAUCGGAAAAUUUUAUGUCCCAAAGAUGUUAAGGAUCCACUGUUUACCAAAUAUUUGUUCAAUGUGUUUACAUAACAAUUCAUGGGGUUUUUUUAUCGAAGAGUAUGGAAUGUGUUUUUCACCCCCUCUGAUUUUCAAAGGGUUAAAUUGUAUGUGUUUUUUUAAAUGCAGGUAAAAGGGUUCUGUGUAUAUGCAUCUUGCAGUGACCACUAGGUAAUAAAGACUGUUAAAUUGUAUCAAAAUUGGAUGAUUUAAAGGGGAAAGGAGUAUGGUGCAUGUUGGGGGUUUUAUUUAUUGUUAUGAAAGUUAUUUGAAUGUAGCUUAAAGUAAAGCCGUGUUGCACAAAUAA